UCUUAAAUUCUAAGCACAUUAAUAUUCUGAGCCACUCUUGAAGAAGUGCCCAUGAAAAAAAAUGGAAUCUCAAAAAGAUAUUUAAUAAUCGAAAAUAUAAAUCGAAAAUUCACAGCCGUAGAUCUGUGACUCGUCAACGCAAUCCUGUCCGUAGAACAGUUUUCAGAUCUGCCACAGCAUCUCGCUGACGUGGACGUGAUGUCGCUGUCCGAUGUGCUGCAUGAGCCCGCCUUCAGACAACGCUGAUAUGGACGUGAUGUGUCCAUCUGCGCGGGGUUUGCCCGCCAAAAGCAGCGCGGGUAUGGGUCCGCCCGAUCCGACUAUGCCCAAAGACGUUGCUGGAAUUUGAUGCCUCGUGAGGUUUGCUUUGGAGGAAGUCCGAGCUUGCCAAUUCGACCACGUUCUGGAGCAUUCAUGAGUUUCUCCUCAUUCUGUUUUUUUACUGUCGUAGCUUCUUCCGCACAUGGAAUCUUACGACGUUGCAAGCCCUCGAAGGUUUUGCAGAUUAUUGUUUAAGCAAGGGCUUUCGCUUCAUGCAUGACAUGCAGUUCCUGAUCGCCUUAAUUUCCUCGCGUCCUGCCGAUUAGAUGAAGAAGAGCGGGGUUGUUUUUUUAUUUUUGUUUUGCGUUGAUUGGCAGACUGGCUCUGCAAUGCUCCUUGUGGCGCUUUCGUUGCUCUUAUCAAUUUUUGGCGGUAUUGCACUGCGUCGUCUUUCUUUCGUGUGAAAUUUCAGCACACAGAAAUGGUGACUGAAAAGUCUCGCUUGUAGAAUUGACACGGCAACAUAUGCAGGGGGCAUGGAUCGUGCCAUUCUUGCUUUGCUGAUGUUUGUAUCCACCAUAGACCCAUCCUGAGAUCAGAUCUAAGAAUUUGGAGAUUCGACUGAGGAGUAUGCAGGCCACUUCGAAGUUUAACUCCGAGUGUCUGUGAGGAACUUGCUUUUCCCUCAAGUUCUUGGUGCAGUCCAAUGGAUUUCUUCCCGAUGAAGCUGAAAAGGACACACCCGAGUCCUGUUCAUUCCACACUGACUCAAUCAUAUGCUACGCCUUCAAAUUUCAUCUUUUACUGGCAUUAUUUGCGUUCACGAGCCGAGAUGCGGCUCUCACCAGCUAGGGCUUCUGGCAUUUUCCUUUAAACAGUUAGGGUCGAUAGUUUUGCCCUAACCUCCCUGCGACUUACAGUUCCAAAUUUUAUGCUACACAUGUAUGCGCAAGGGAGACUAAGAGGGAGCAAGCAUCACACAUAGUUCAGGAGUAAAGUGAAGACGGCCAUUAUUCUGGUUCUCGUUUGCUUGUGAGGGUUGGAAGACAUUGUAACUGUCGACGACAGCUGUAGACGUCAUGUACCUGCUUACCAGUGGAGAACAAAGGAAGGUCAAAUACCUACGCAGAAAUUGGACACGAAGUCAGUUUACGGUGUUACUCAUCGAGCAGUUCUCAAGAUGCAGAAUGCUACACCGUCGAUAAAGGCUCAACAAACAGAAUCACUCUUUAAGAAUUUUUGCCCUCAGAAAUUUUCUACACCCAGUCGGUUAGAAACUUGUUUUUGGAAGGGUUGAAAUUGAAGUAGUUCAUAAAGAUGACUUCAAUUUACCAGGAUUAAAUUGUUCCAGCGAACAAUACAAAUAACUGUUGACAGAUCCUGGCAGCAUGAACAAGGACAUUGCAGCGCCUUGUGAAGUGUGUGGGGGAUUACUUCCUUUAAAACCAAUACCGAAAAGGCAUCAAAGUAGACAUCACAAGGAACGGUCACUACUUCAGAGCCAAAUAGAAAUUGAGAAGCCUGAAGGAGCAAGCAGAAGCCAAGACUCACAAGCGAAACGGAGACAAAAGAAUCGAAGCGAGAAAAUGAGAGAAUUGGACAAUAAUGGUGAAACAUCUAUCAUCUCCGACGAGGAAACAGAUGAAUCGAGUGGCAUGAAGCGUAGCUACGGCUCCGUGUUGAAAGAAAUCCAAGCGAUUUUCGCUGGCCACAAGGUGAAAAAGGAAACGAUUUCGCCCCAUGCACACCGAAUACAGAGGGAAAUCGAGGGAAGCUUACACAACUAUGGACACCAUAAACGAAGGCAAGCUCACCAGCAUGCAGCCAGUCAGCACGCCUCAGAAUCUCCAACCCCACCGGAAAUGAGGUCGUCGCACGUUCUCAGCCCAUAUCAAGACUCAAAAACCAAUAAUGAGCCCGUUUGCAGGAGAUUGACUGGCUCAUUACCGCAAGACCUCGCAACUCUUUACAAUUCCAAGCCAGGUCAUCAGGUGCAAGCUGAGGACGAGUCCGUUUGCAAGAGAGCUGAUGGUAUGUUGACGAUUGAUGACAGAUCAAAUUGCAAUUUGGCCCCAUUGAGCCAGUCUCUUUCACCGAAGAUACACGUGCGGAGCUGUAUUCACCAUCUCGGUGACCACAGCGUAAGGAGGCAAGCGGGAGGAAUAGCGGCCGCAGCAAGUUCCUCACCUGCUGGCGAUUUGUCCAUGAAGGAAAAAGAAAAGAAAAUCUGUUAUGGAGAUCAUGACCAGCCUCUCAAAGUCACCGGCCGUCCUUCAUCAAUUACAUCUCCAGUGGAGAAUGGCACGCAACUCCACGAAGAGUGUCACGUCCAUCAAAUCGACGACCAUCUAAUUGCAGAUCUGAGAACUAGAUAUCCUCAAAGCCCCAGCCAAUCUCCAAGACAUGAAGCAGGGAGAUCCCAUACAGAGUCACUGCAAGUUAAAUAUUGCUGCCAUCAGCAUGCCUCUAAACAAACCGUCGUUCAUCUUCUUGAAAGAUGUUGUGCUUGCCCCGUCCAUGGCUGCGAUGAUCUUGAGACUCUCAGAUCCACACCUAGGAGCUCGAAGAAGUGUCCAAACUGCGGCUGUCCACAAUUAGGCGUGACUCCUCAGAUGUCUGCUGAUCAUCUUCAGCCAGCUAAAGAUUCUGCCAAGACUUUACGUACGGGAAGAUCACGAAGUCGAGAACGCGAGGUAAUUAGAUGCGCACAGAUAUCUCAGUUUGCAGAACAAGACGGGACUGAUUGCGCACUCUAUGGAGAAUGCCGUGAUUGCCCUGUCCAUGGCGGCGAUGAUCUCGAGUUUACCAAAGCCCGGAGUCCCAAGGGCCAGGACUCGAAGAAGUGUCCAAAAUGUGGCUGUUCAAAAUUAGAAGCAUCUUCUCGGGAGUCUACAAAUCGCCAUCAGUCAAAAGAUUUUACGAAGAUUACCUACAAGGGAAAAUCACAAAGUGCAGACCGCGAGGUGAUUACUUAUGCACACAAAUCAACACCGCCUCCCUGCAAAUUGCACGAAGAAUGUUGCACAAGAUUGCAUAGUUAUUAUUGCUAUUCGAAAAAGGAUCACAAAGAGCUCCAGAGACCAAAGUUUCCUGACAACGGAACUUGCCCGAUUUGCGAGCCCCUUCGCCAUGAAUCUCCACUUUUAAGCCCUAUUUGUAAAGAAGCCAAACAAUGUAAAGAUCCCUUGGUUUGGAAUCCCAGACGAGUGCGGAAACCUGGAUCUACUGUGCACUGGCUGGACAAAGUGAUUGCUUCCAAGAGGAUUCCCGCUCCGAUCAUUGAGGAUUUUCUUUGCGGCAGGCGCAGAUGGCCUCCGUUGAGGAAGAAGCAUAAGUGCCCUGGCUGUAUAGCGAAGUCGUGGGAUAAGAGCGAGUGCUCGAGCGAUUUGUGUAACCGUGAGUUUUUCUCAAGCUGGAAUUUAGGCUCCGACACAGUCCAACCCACUCUAGAACGCAGUAUGCAACCACGUGGGAAAUUCUCGCGAUUGGCGAUGUCGAGAAAUCUGAUCGCUAUGCCAGUUCUCCAGCUCUCCACGUCGAAGACACUUUGGGAUCGGACUGCUCUUCGAGACUGCUCUGAAUGUAGGAAACCACUCAAUACCAGUGGCGGGCGUUGGUCGUAUUAUCUCAAGGAAAUGUCAACAGAUUUAGAAGGCGCUGCAGCUCAAUAG